CUCGUUUCAUUUGCCUAUCGAGGCCAUAAAUGAACAGCAUAAACGAAAAAAGCUGGUGCUGCGUAGCGUACAUGUGUUACAUGCCAAUUUUGUGCUAUAAUUAAUUUCGAUUGACACAAUAAUUACCAGUAUGUCAAUUUUGUGGUUCGGGCGUAAAUGGCUGACAGUUUUAGUUGCGCUGGCAAUUGGUUUUAUAGUAAUUGUUGCUCUCAGUGCUAAAAUUCACAAGGUUUCAUCAGUACUGGACUAUCAAAAUUACGCGCAACUCUUCGUAAGUUCUGUUGUGGAGCCCAAAGAAUUAGAAAUUGAUUGGAAAACUAUGAAUGUUACUACAUUAACUCCUGACCAAAUAAUUGAAUACUUUAAAUGGUCAAAUCAAACGUCUUGUAAACUCACACACGAUUUUGGAGGACACAUGCUUCAGAAUCCAAGCGGACUCGACGGACAGAAAGCAGUUUGCCUUGACGAUAAAAUCGCACCAAAAGCGGGCAGUUGUGUCGUCUAUUCGUUCGGAAUCAACAACGAGUGGUCUUUUGAUGAAACUAUGGAAAAUUACGGCUGCAAAGUCUAUUCAUUCGAUCCGACAAUGAAAGUAGAAACUCACAAACACAGCAAAGAUGUUAAUUUUUAUAACCUCGGCAUCGCGGAUAAGGACGACGGUGGAAAUUUUAAAACACUUUCGUCUAUUUACUCGAUGCUCAAGCUGGAUCAUGGGGAUGCCAUUAUUGACUAUUUGAAAAUUGAUAUUGAAUACAAUGAAUGGACUGUCAUCCCAAACAUAAUUCAAUCAGGGAUGUUGUCGAAAGUGAGACAGAUGGGCAUAGAAUUCCACUUGUACGCUCCCGCUACAGAAAUUAACUGGUUUUACGAUAGUGUCAAAAUCGUAAAAUCAAUCGAAGAUGCCGGAAUGGUACGAUUUGAUUCGAAAUACAACCCAUGGUUCAACGGGAUAAUGCCUGCCAUGAACAACAUGACUGAUUCUUUGGGUUACGAGAUAGCUUGGUACCAGAUCCUACCCUGAAAAUCUAGUCGAGAAUAUAUUUAAAAUAUUUCACUGUUAAACUGAAAACUGGAAUGAACUGCGAUUACGUAUAUAUCAAUAAAUAAAGAACCAAAAAAUUUGAUUUGGUAUCAUAAAAUAAUGCCUCAACUUA